AUGAUAAAGUCGUUUUUACGCUCUUUAGAGCAUCCAAAACAUCCCCUUUUGGGCCCAAAUAUUUGCGUUCUAGUGUCCUCAGGCAUGCUGCAAUAUAGUGAAGGAAUCAUCAAAUACUUUAUAAAUUCGAUCCAUUUGUUUGCUUCGUUGUUCAUUCUUACCCAAUUUUAUGACCUUUGGUUAAACCGAGCAGAUGUUGAAAAGUCUUUACGGGAUCUCUCAUACGUUAUACUAAGUGUUAACGGCUCUGUUAAGACCUGGGCAUUUAUUUUGUGUCAAAAAUACUGGAAAGAUAUAUUGGAGUCGGUUUCUAGUAUUGAACUUUCUCAGUUAUCUAAACGUGACCGAAAAGCUACCAUGAUUAUCAGGCAAUAUACAGAUUAUGCGAGAAAAUUUACUUACUUUUACUGGACAUUAGUUACUGCUACCGUGAGCGUCGUGGUUUUGGCGCCUUUCGUGUCAUACUUCUUAUCUUCAAAGUUUAGACAGGAUCUCUCUGAUGGGACUGUAACUUAUCCAGAAAUUUUGAGCUCAUGGACACCUUUUGACAAAACAUCUGGAUUUGGACUUAUAAUUUACAUUACAACUGAUGUAUUGAUCUGUAUCAUUGGUGGGGCUGUUAUAGCAUCGUAUGACACUACAUCCAUAGUUUUACUCAUAUUUUUUGCUGGGCAACUGAAGUUACUUAAGGCAAACUGUGCCAGGAUAUUUGGAGAAGAUUGUGCGAUAACCCCAACGGAAAUUUACACGAAUCUACGUGAUUGUCAUCGUCACCAUGUAUUUUUGGUCAAAUAUGCAAAGAUUUUGAAUUCUUUGUUGUCUCCAGUUCUAUUCUUUUAUGUAAUCACAUGUUCCCUGAUGAUAUGUGCAAGCGCAGUUCAGUUUACUAUGGACACCAUUUCGCUGAUGCAUAAGUUGUGGGUCGCGGAGUAUCUUGUGGCUCUGAUAUCCCAAUUAUUUUUCUAUUGCUGGCAUGGAAAUUACGUUGUAUUUAAGAGUGAGCAAGUAUGCCAAGGAAUAUACGAAAGCGCCUGGUGGCAACACUGCGUGCCUUCGCGUAAGAGCAUUUUGCUGUUGGGCGGGCAGUUACGCAAAAGAAUAGUAUUCACUGCUGGACCAUUCGCUACGCUUACCAUACCCACGUUUAUAACGGUGAUGAAGGGUGCUUAUAGCUACUACACACUAUUAAGCAAGAAAGAGAAGUAACUGUGGCUAUGAAAAUACAUAAUUAUUAUGUACACAACAAAUAUUUUAGUGUGGUUAUUACUUUAAUGUCAUGUAUUAACUUAUCUUGUAUCGCACGGGUGGUAAGCACUUUUUUGAAAUUUCGACGAUGAUUAAUGCAAUCGCCAGUAUUUGGUUAUAGGAUUAAGGUAAAUAUAUUAUAUCCUAGUGAAUUCAAUGAAAGUGAUCUUUUAUUUUUUCUCAUA